UUUAUUUUGUUUUUAUUUUGACAGCGGCACCAGGAGGACAACGAUGGGACAAGAGCGACAUUUAACUAAUAAUUCUGAACCUGUCCGAACCCGGCCGUCGGUAACGGGGACAGAUAGUCGCUGUGUUCCAUGCGGCUUGACUGGCGACUUUUAGACGGGUUGAAUCGAACAGUCGCGCUGAGAACUUAGCAGCACGAAGUUUUACGGAAACAGGAGCGAGGCGGACAGGGCCGAACUAGCGCGACAUGGAGGAGUCCGGCUCGGCCCUGGAGAAGAACGUGGCCGACCUCACGGUCAUGGACGUGUAUGACAUCGCCGCCGUGGUGGGCCAGGAGUUCGAGCGGAUCAUAGACCAGUACGGCUGCGAGGCUCUGUCCAGGCUGAUGCCCAAGGUGGUUCGGGUCCUGGAGAUCCUGGAGGUGAUGGUGAGCCGCAGCAGCAUCAGCCCGGAGACCGAGGAGCUGCGGCUGGAGCUGGACAAGCUGCGGCUGGAGAGGAUCGACCGGCUGGAGAAGGAGAAGCGGCACCGGAAGGAGCUGGAGCUGGUGGAGGACGUGUGGAGGGGAGAAGCCCAGGACCUGCUGACCCAGAUCGCUCAGCUGCAGGAGGAGAACAAGACCCUCCUCACCAACAUGUCCAUCAAAGACCCCCUGAGCGAGGAGGAGCUGCAGAGGCACGAGGGUAUGAGCGAGAGGGAGAGGCAGGUGAUGAAGAGGCUCAAGGAAGUGGUGGACAAGCAGAGAGACGAGAUCCGGGCCAAGGACCGCGAGCUGGCGCUGAGGAACGAGGACAUCGAAGCACUCCAGCAGCAGCAGUCUCGCCUCAUGAAGAUCAACCACGACCUGCGUCACAAGAUCUCGGCGGUGGAGGCUCAAGGGAAGGCGCUGAUCGAACAGAAGGUGGAGCUGGAGGCCGGCGCUCAGACCCGGGGCCAGGAGGUCGGCGCCCUUCGGCAGGAAGUGGCCCGUCUGAGGGAGCGCCUGCAGGGAGAGCGGCCCGCUCAGAACCGCGAGGAGGCGGCGGCUCCGCCCCCCUCCCCUGCAGAGCAGCUGUUGGCAGCAGGGGCCGAGGGCUGGCGCGGCACUCCGGACCCGGCCCUGCGGCCCCUGCCCGGCCCCCUGGGUCCGGGGGGGCACGAGGACCCCGAGGACGAGGCGGUGCUGCUUUGGGAGGCGCUGUGCGAUGAGGACGUGCCUGCUGUGUUCCAAUAUUUCACCAAGGAAGCAUUAUAUGAAGACAGUGGCGUCCCGGACCCCAAGGACCCCAACCGGCCCCGCUUCACGCUGCAGGAGCUGAGGGACGUCCUCCACGAGAGGAACGAGCUCAAGGCCAAAGUGUUUCUGCUGCAGGAGGAGCUGGCCUACUACAAGAGUGACGAAACGGAGGACGAGCUCGUCCCCCCGACGCCGUCUCCCUCGCCUGAACUGAGGACUCGCUCCCGCUCCUCCGCUCAGCCCGAGUCUGGGAUCAAACGCCUGUUUAGCUUCUUCUCCCGGGACAAACAGCGGGCGCCGCAGCGCAGCUCGCAGGUGGACGGCGUCCUCGGCUCGUGGGCGGUGAAAGACGAUGGCUACACGGAGCAAGCACAGGAGGCCCUACAGCACAUGUAGCCCCAGACUAUUAACAGUCCACAUGCAUCGCUUCAAGGCCAGAUCAGGAGGCAUUAACCAAACCUACACCCUGACUCACACCGCUGCUGCGAACGAAUGUGGGUGAAGUGAAGGAGGCUGCAGGUUAGAAAAACGGUUUAAGGCUGAAUGAGGCUUCAGAGGAAAAGGUAAAGUCAAGGUGUUGGAUGGAAAGUGAAAAGUUGUUGCAGUCUGAAUGGGUCAAUGUUAUGUUGAUGGAGUAAAGAUGACGAUGCAGGUGAAGCAGUGAGAGGCAAAGUCCUGCAAGAAGCCCAGAUAUGAGCACAUGAAGGAAAAUGAAGUGGACUUUUAAAGACAUCCAGUGAAGGAUGUUGCACAUUCUGACGACUCAUUUGUGUCUCAGUUAUUUAUUGAAAUGUCCUCGUUUUAUCGGCAGCUCCUCGGUUCAUCGCCAGCAGUUUGCCAGUGUUGUCAAACUACGCAGCUUCGUGUGCUCCCUGUGUGUGAGAUGGUGCAUAGAAUGACACAGUUAGAUACAGGAAACCUCGUAGAUGAUUAUCAUGCACUGAAAAGAGAAAUGGAAAAAAGACUCAGUUCAGCUUUAACUAAACUAAAGUUAGGAUUUACUUUGAAGUUUUCACAUGGUCUUUGUUGACUUUCUUUAUGUUUUAAAAUGUCACACUUUGAUAUAGUAUCCAAUAAUCUACUAACAACUAAUUUUGACAAUAUUGCUAAUUUUCUUUGUAUUGCAUUAGUUUGACUUAUUACUGACAAAUUAAAUUACACGGUCAUCGCACUUAUGACAUAGUGAUCUAUGUUCUAAAGUCAUGACAGAGUUAUAUUAGUGUCCUUUAAUUAAUAGUGUUUUAACCCCACUAUAUACAUUUGACAUUUUAGUUUAGAUUUUACCUUGUAUUAUAUUCUAAGCUUUUUACUUUGAGGAUGAAGUGUUUUAGAUGAGUGAGAGAGGGAAAUACAAACAAUAACAUUGUGCAGUUUCUUUAUUUCCUGUGUAAAUAUUUGACAUUUAAGUUUAUUUCUGACUAAAUGACCUGCUGAGUUUAAGUCAUUGGAAAUGUGCUGCUACAUUUUUAUAGUAAAGUCACUAAAGGGAAGAUGUUUUGUUUAUUAAAAAUAUAGUUAGUGCGGUGUCAAGUGUACUAAUGUGAAAAACAUCUGCUACCAGCACACAGUAAUAUGUGGUUUGCACAUUAACUAGUGAUUUUAUGCAUCAUUUGUACAUGGCCUCAAAUGUAGAAAUUGUUUAAAUUCUGUACAGCAGAAAUAAACUCAAUACAGAGAAGAACAGUAUAAAGUUACAUUACAAGUAAAGAUCCCUCAGACUGUUUUGAUGAAGCAAAGCUCCAGCCUGGUUUUCGGAUCACUGACUUAAUAAAGCUGAAGUGUGAUUUACAGUCUUUAAA